AGAGCUACACCCCCACCCAGUCAAAGUGCUCCCUCCGCCGCUGUAGCUCUCUGACACACACACACAAACACACACACACACGGUCCCACACACAAACGCAAACGCGCACCCGCAUACACACACACACACACACUCACUCCCAACUCUCCACAGGAAAACCCUAACCCAUAAUGCUCGGCACCUCGUAGGCAGAAGUCUGUCGUUGCUGUGUGUGUUGCGCAAACCAAGCCAACUGAGACGCUCAGUCUUGACGCGGGGACUUUGAUAGCUGGUUAAUUACUCAUGUGAUGUGAUGUUCUGAUGUCUAGGGGGCUCCAGCCGAAAGUUUGCCUGACGGAUACGACGAGGGAGACAGCAGACAUUUUAGGAGAGCGGAGCGGGAUACAUCGGCACCUCUGCCUUCUCACCUCAUCUCCCAAGACGUGGAAUGCGUUCUGUAAUGGGCACCCCAGUUGUGCACGUGCUGUUGGUGACGGGCCUCAUGAUCGUCCUGGGAACGUGUCAAACCAACGGCCCAGCCGACGGGCGGGACGAGGCGCGGCGGCUCUUCGACAACACCCACACCACCAUCCAGCCGCUGGGCUCCCAAAGCACCACCAGCCUGGCCCCAAAGCCCAGCACCCCUGUCCACACCAGGGGCCACCAGUGGCCCAGGCCGGGCGGCGGCGGCGUGGCGAACGUCACCAGGAUAAGGCCCCCGCCGUGCCACACCAGCACUUCCAUCAAGGGCUACUUCGUCUAUGUCAACACUGUGAUCUCCGUCAUCGUGUUUGUGGUGGGCAUGGUUGGCAAUGCCACCCUGCUGAGGAUUAUCUACCAGAACAAGUGCAUGAGGAACGGGCCCAACGCGCUCAUCGCCAGCCUGGCGCUGGGAGACCUCAUCUACAUCGCCAUCGAUAUACCCGUCAUGGCGUACAAGCUCAUUGUAGGAGGCUUCCCCUUCAACGACAGCCUGUUUGGGAGGUGUCUUUGUAAGCUGGUGCCGUUCCUGCAGAAGGCCUCGGUGGGAAUCACCGUACUCAACCUCUGCGCCCUCAGUGUUGACAGGUACCGGGCGGUGGCGUCCUGGAGCAGGGUCCAGGGAGUGGGCAUCCCCCUCCUGACGGCCGUGGAGAUCGUGUCCAUCUGGGUGAUCUCCAUUGUCCUGGCUGUCCCGGAGGCCAUCUGCUUCGACAUGAUCACCUUCGACUACAACAACGUUACCAUACACACCUGUAUGCUCAAUCCCACGUCCAGGUUCAUGAAGGACUACGUGGAGAUGAAAGACUGGUGGCUGUUCGGGUUCUACUUCUGUGUUCCCCUGAUGUGCACGGCCGUUUUCUACACGCUGAUGACCUUUGAGAUGCUCAACCACAGGAACGGCAGCCUGCGCAUCGCCCUGAGUGAACACCUCAAACAGAGACGUGAAGUGGCCAAAGCUGUGUUCUGCCUGGUCCUGAUCUUCGCCCUGUGCUGGUUUCCCCUUCACCUUAGCAGGCUCCUGAAGAAAUUGGUCUACAACCAGGGAGACACCGGACGAUGUGAACUGCUCAGUUUUCUGUUGGUCUUGGAUUAUCUCAGCAUCAACCUGGCCACCGUCAACUCCUGCAUCAACCCCAUCAUCCUCUACUUUAUCAGCAAAAAGUUCAAAAACUGCUUCAAGUCCUGCCUGUGUUGUUGGUGUCACUCGGACGCAGCGGUCACCAGCACCGGGCAAAACGGGAACGGGACGAGUGUCCAGUGCAAGAGCCCGGAGCCGGCCAACCUGCACACGGACCGCAGCCUCCGCAAGGACAGCGACUGACCACUACCGAUGGUGGCGCCCCCUGUGGACGAGGAGGUCUCACUACAACUACAGCGUGUCAGCAAGAAAGAUAACGUCCUCCCAACUCAGUCGGACACCUCUGAGGCGUCACCAACAGAGAGAGCGAGAGAGAUUCACACAUUUUAAACAUCACCACACGUCACCACAGAACAUUGCCGGGCAGCUCUACAGACUGACCUAUGAUCAGGUGGAAAGCGAAUGGAGUUCAUACAUACAGAUGUAGAGACAAAGCCACAAUGAGUAUGGGACAAUAUUUACAGUCUCUCUCUCUCUCUCUCUCUCUCUCUCCCUCUCUCUGCAUUACACAUGCCGACAGACUUCCCACAGUGGCGCUUCCUAUUCCCUUUUCCCAGGGUGGGACGUGGAGGAAGAGUACAAAGCUUUACAGUCCCACAAAAGGAGUGUUUAAGGAGAGUAGACAAC